GCGGGCGAGCUAGGGGCGCGGCGGGGGAGGAAAACCGAAACUAGCUUUGCUUGGCGUUAGGGAGUUUUCUAACUUCCGAGGACUCGCUCAGCCCCAUCCGCAGCCCCUUCUCGCUACUCAGAGUCCAGACCCGGAAGGGGUCGCUGCAGACGGGAUCUCCGGCCCCAAGACCUGUCCCCUCCGCCACCCCCUCUCUCCUCGCUCUGCGGAGUGACAUUUGGAACCACCCACCCCCUCCCCAGACCGCGACUCUUUUAAAUAAAUCCAGUAGUUAAUCACUUGAGCUGAGCUGAGCCUGGGGCUCCUUUGAUUCGGAUCCCGUUUUCUGUUGCUGUUGUUGCUAAUGUCCGCUGUGCGGUUUUCCCCCAGUCGUCUCCAAACAGGAAGUUCUCACCGAGGGCGGCUCGGGCCGGGCGCCCGCAGGGCAGCCUGAGCUAACCCGCCGCGGACUCGCGCGGGGUUUCCACCUCGGCACCAGUCGCGCGGGGCGGUGCAGGUUCGCACUCUCUGCACUACCUCUUCAUGGGUGCUUCAGAACGGGACCUUGGGCCUUCCUUGUUUGAGGCUUUGGGCUACGUGGAUGACCAGCUGUUCGUGUACUAUGAUCAUGAGAGUCGACGAGCAGAGCCCCGAGCCGCGUGGGUCUGGAAUAGAACCUCGAGCCAACUGUGGCUGCAGCUGAGUCAAAACCUCAAAGGGUGGGAUCAUAUGUUCAUUGUUGACUUCUGGACUAUCAUGGACAACCAUAACCACAGCAAGGAGUCCCAUACCCUACAGGUGAUCCUGGGCUGUGAGAUGCAAGAGGACAACAGCACCAGGGGCUUCUGGAAGUAUGGGUAUGAUGGGCAGGACCACCUCGAAUUCUGCCCUGAGACUCUGAAUUGGAGAGCAGCAGAGCCCAGGGCUGAGGCCACCAAGCUGGAGUGGGAAGUGCACAAGAUUCGGGCCAAGCAGAACAGAGCAUACCUGGAGAGGGACUGCCUUGAGCAGCUUAAGCAGUUACUGGAGCUGGGGAGAGGUGUUCUGGACCAGCAAGUGCCUCCUUUGGUGAAGGUGACUCAUCAUGUGACCUCUGCAGUGACCACUCUUCAGUGUCAGGCUUUGAACUUCUACCCCCAGAACAUCACCAUGAAGUGGCUAAGGGACAGGCAGCCACUGGAUGCCAAAGAGUUUGAGCCUAAGAAUGUGCUGCCUAAUGGGGAUGGGACCUACCAGGGCAGGGUAGCCUUGGCUGUGCCCCCUGGGGAAGAGCAGAGAUACACUUGCCAAGUGGAACACCCUGGCCUGGAUCAGCCCCUCAUUGCCACCUGGGAGCCCUUGCCAUCUGACACCCUGGUCAUUGGAGUCAUCAGUGGGAUUGCUAUUUGUGUCAUUAUCUUCUUUGUUGGAGCUUUGUUCAGAAUAUUAAGGAAGAGGCAGCCUUCAAGAGAAACCAUGGGGGACUACGUCCUAGCUGAAUGCGAUUGAUGUGCAGCCCACAGACCCAUUGUGGGGAAAAGAAAAAACUAGAGACUCAAAGAGGGGCACACUUGUGGAGCUCUUCAUGUUCAGGACAGAGUUGGACCCAACAGACAGAAACUGCAUGAAGAACUCUUUGCUUUUAGCCUUCCCUAUUCAUUUUCUCAAAAAGAUUUCCUCAUUUAGGUUUUUGAGCUCCAGCAUGCCAGUGACCCCAGCUGUGACCUCUCCCCCAGAGCUGUCUGUCAUGAAUCUCAAACUGCAUAGAGAGGCUUCCUUCAUUUCCUCCAUCACCUCUGACUCCAUACAGCUAUCUCAUCUCCUACCUCUGGAAGAGGGCUGCUUAAACCUUGAGGACUCACAAGUCAUUUUAACGUAUGAAAACAUGAGAAAAGCUAUGAACCUUCUUCACCCUGGGACAUGCACACUCAUAUCCCUACCAGAAUUUUGCACACAUAUCCAGGCAUUUCCUGGACUUAUUUACCUUUCCUUUGAAUCUUUUCUUUGUUAUCCAGUAACUCAUCUGUCACCAAGCCUUGGGGACUCUUCCAUCAAAGUGUGAUCUGUGUCAUUGUGCAUCUGUGAAGGCUGGGGAAUGCACAAACUUUCCUAGAAAAGGCAUCAUGGAUGUUUAUGUCUAUUAUGAUGGGUGGUUUAGCAAAUGGGAGGAAAGUGUCUUGAAGGCCCUUGGGGAGUGGUGUCUUUUUCUAAUUUGCACAGAGAUGUCCUAUAGGCUUUCAAAGAUUAAGGAUGCCUACAUCUGCAAUGCUGCUCUGGUAUUCCAAACCUGAAGUACCACAAUAAUUUUCCACCUGAUCUCUGCUGACUCUCCUUGUUCUGAUAAUGAAAAUCAUGAUAAAGAUUGUGGUAAUAAUGAUAAUGUGGCUAAUAAUUAUUAAAAAUAAAAACACUUAGUUGGUGCCAGACUGUGUUCGAAGCACCUACUUACAUGCCUUACUACAUGGUAAGCACUAUUAUCUACAUUUUUUUUUUCAUUUUUUGUUGGAGAAAGUGAAAUACAGAGUGUCUCAUAGCUUGCGGGGAUGGAGACAGGUUUCAAACACAGUCAUUCUUGCUGUUUGAUCCAUCUCACUCCCCACUGCAUUUUGGUGGUUUUUAGAUGCACAGAGUUAAUGGAGAGGGACGGAGAUGGCUAUGGAGAUGGCUCUUCCCUUGUCUCAUUGUGCUUCUUCUCAGUGAGCUCUAACCAAAUGAAGAGAAACAGGAGAAAACAAGCUAUUGAUCCUCAGAUGCCAUGUUUUCUUUCAAAGUCCCUGUGGGAAGUCCCUGGAAUGUGGCUCCUUUUCUCCUCUCUUGCUCUCUCUGGCGUCUAUAUCUCUGGACCCCAUACAAGGACAGUGAUUGGUGGGGACACUUAGUGGCUGUGCUGGGCUUUAGACACAGUGUUCUCACUCAGUGCUUCCUGAGUGGUAUUUCCCUUGAUGAACUGGAGCAACCUGUCUCAUUUUGAGAUGGUUAAAACAGAAACCACCAAAUGGCUUGAAGGAUGCCCAAGCAUCAUCUUGCUGGCGUCACUAGGAUUCUGGUUCUUAUCUCCAAUUGUGCACAUUCAACAAAAAUUCAUCUAACCCAGCCACUCAGGAAUUACUGGAUACUGGGAAAGAGAUUAAUCUGACAUAUCAUACAUAUAUCUCCAGAGGGCAUGUAUUUACUUUAUGCUAUUACAUACAUUGGGCUGCAUAGCUGUGGUACAAGCACGCUGUCUUGGAGGGCAGAUGCCCAUCAGGAGACCAAGCACAGCUCAAAAAUUUGUUUUGUAGGUACUGAAUUUGGGUGAAGAGAUCUCAACAUUUUUGUAAAAACCUUUUUUGCUUUUGUCUUGUUAUGAAAGUUAUGUAGAAAAAAGCAAAAGUAAUUUGUGCUCAUUGCAGAAAAGUCAAAAGAUGAAUAAAAGUAAAGCUAUUAUUUAAUUAGCCAGUGAUCAACUUUAUUAACAACUUGCAUAUUACCUGUUAGUAUUAUUGCUGUAUGAAAAUAUAUAAAAUUAACAAAUACAUAUAUUUUAAUAAAUGUAUAAUUGUGUUGUA